GGGGAAAACAAAGACGCCUUUGGUCUGGCUGAAACAGUAUUUCCAGCUCAGCCGGAUUAGGAGAGUGGCACUCCCGUGCAACCCCCAAACGGCCACCAUCCACCCAACACACGCAACAACCCUCUCGGAACCUCUUGCCAAGAGACGUCUCCUUUGAGUGAGUCGAGUAGAGUAGUCUGCCCCCUUGUGGCACUGAAAAGUACUCUACGGUACAAUACGACAAUGGGAAUCUCUGCUGCCGAGCGGAACCGACGAAAGCGACAGCGCAAGAAGAAAAAGGUGGAAGCCGAAGAAGAAGAGCAAAAGGCCAACGAUGCUGUUGAAACCAAGGGAGACAAUGCCGAUGAUUCGGUGACUCUGGAUGUGGAAAUUGAAUACGUUGUGGAAAAAGUCGUCGUGCCGACUGCUGCUGCAGACAACAAGUCAUCAGAAGAAGAGGGCGCCGUGUCAUCGUCGUUGGAAGAAAUUGAAUCCGUGCUGCGCAAAUUCGAAGAACGAUCCAAUUUCGUGACAGACGAUGAUGAUGAGGACGCCAAACAGGAGGAAAAGAAGGACGAAGAAGAGGAUUACGAUGAUGAGGACGACGAAGAGAAUGAAGAUUCCAUGAGCAAACGGAAACUGCGUGAAAUGAUUCGCCCUUCUUUGGCAGAACUCAAACGCCGCGUCACUCGACCCGACUUGGUGGAAGCGCACGAUGUCACCGCGUACGACCCAGAGUUUCUCAUUGAGCUAAAAGGCGCUCCUGGAACUGUCCCAGUUCCGCGACAUUGGGGAAGAAAGCGCAAGUAUUUGCAGGGAAAGAGAGGAUUUGAAAAGACCCCCUUUCAACUUCCGGAUUUUAUCAUCAAAACUGGAAUUGCUGAAGUCAGAGACUCGCUCAAUGAAACCGAAGCGGGCCAAUCCGCGAAACAAAAGAAUCGAGGACGGGUGGCUCCCAAAAUGGGAGCCAUUGACAUUGACUAUCGAACGCUCCAUAGUGCCUUUUUCAAACACCAAUCCAAGCCGGCCAACUUGACGAAAAUUGGAGACACGUACUACGAAGGAAAAGAACUCGAAACCAACACCAACAUUAAACCGGGAGGGCAACUCAGUGACGCCCUCCGCACAGCGUUGGGAAUGACGGACGAUCAUUCCCCUCCACCGUGGCUCAAUAACAUGCAACGAUACGGGCCACCACCGAGUUAUCCACAACUCAAAAUUCCAGGACUCAACGCCCAGUUGCCUCACGAUCAAUGCCAGUACGGAUAUCAUCCCGGAGGAUGGGGCAAGCCUCCGGUCGAUCCCUACGGACGACCACUCUAUGGUGGAAAUCCUUUUGAUCCGCCUGGAAAUCGCAAUAGUGAUGCGGCCAACGAUGCCUUGCUCGUGACCAGUCAUGGAAAAACAUUGGCCAAAGUAAGUUGGGGAGCACUGCCGGAAGCUGGAUUCGAGGAAGCCGAAGAAUCCGACGUGGAAGAAUCCAGCGAUGAGGAAAUGGAUGAAUCGGAAAGUGAAGAAGAAGACGGUGAAGUGGCGGAUCCCAGCGCCACCGAAUCGGUCGUGCCGCCGUCCGUGUUGCCACCGGGAAUUCAAAGUUCGGCUCCGCCGUUGGAUUUGCGAAAACAACCCGGCGAUAUCACACCCAUGGUUGCUGCCCCCAAACAACUCUAUCAAGUCUUGCCACAACAACAACCGCAGGCGGCGGCAGCCCAAGCCGGAACUGUGUUUGCAUCGAGCAAUGCCUAUGUGCUUCCAAAUGCAAAUAAUCAGCCGGCCGAUGGAAUGGCCAGUGUUCUGUCCAAGGGUGUACAGAACGACAAGGCCAAGAAAAAGAAUGAUGACAAGGAAGACACCGGUAAAGCCUUCAAGUUUUAGGUGCCGCAAGAGGAGUCAUGCCAUGCCGACCGAUCCAGUACAUACAUGUAAGACCCAAUGUUACCAUGAGAAUUGUUUCCACACGGGAGGAAGCACUAACUAAUCAGUUAUUUUCUCGAAACUUGUCACGGGGGCCGAGCGUCCGCGCCGUUUGUCUUUGUCUCUUGCAUCUUACCACAAUUUCGUAGCAAUGUUAACUUCUCUAGUAGCUAGUAGCAAAGGAUCUUCAGCAUGAAAGAGGACUACGAAUCUUCAAUCCACGAAUAC